AUGGCAGACGAGGAUGACUCCUUGGUGCGGCGCCGCUCCCGCAGGAGCACGGCGGGAAACCGCAUGGAAGCCGCCUUGGCUGAGAUAGCCGCGGACGAGCCUCAGGAAGCAGAGGAAGAUAAAGACUUCGAGUUAAAGAAGGAUGAGGAUGAUGUAUUUGAGUCCGACUUCGAAAGCACAGAUGAAGAAGCUGCCCAAGAGGCCCCGGAAGCUGUGGAGAAAGCGGUCCAAGACGAAGACAGACGCGAACGAAAGGCAGCCCGGACCCGAGUGGAUAGAGCCGUUGCGAACGCGAACGCCCGCCAAAGAGUGACGUUCAAUCCGCAACUGCAGGCAUCCAAUGCUGGUACAAAUGAAUCGAAGACCCUUAAGCCGAAGAGGCGGGUGUCCCUGGGCUUAGCAGUAGACGCCGAGACAGGUGAAGUAAUGGACAGUGCCCAGCGGAGGAGCUCGAGGACCCACACAAUGCUCAAUCGCACGGUCACUGCCAACCGCAUCAAGGACGCCGAAGAAAAGAGGGCAUCCAUCACAAAGAAAGCCAAAGUCCAAGUACGUGCAUAUACACAGGAUGAGCUCAUCGCCCGCGCGCUGGACAUGGAAGAAGGUAACGUCACCGAGCACCGCGAAUACCUCUCGCGGGAAGAGGAGAAACGCAAACGCGCGCGAGUGGUUCGCGCAUCGAUACAGGGACCCUUGCUUCGCUGGAUCAGCAAAGGCGAGGAGGUCAAAGUCGAGGUGCCCCAGCCUGCGCCUCCACCGCCUCCUGCGUCAGUGUACUACUACGCUAUGCCGUCGGAUGCAAGCACGUCGACGGCGGCCCAGUAUCCCUAUAAUCCACCGAGCGGCGGGUCGUGGCAGACGUGGCCGCCUCCUCUCCCGAAUCAACCCCAAGCAGGCCCGUCUUCAGGACUGAGCAGCCAGCAGCCAGCCCUAUACCCAGCAGUACCACCCGGUUACCCGCAAAACUACUAUGUUCCAUACCAACCCCCGCAGCCGCUCCCCGUGAUUGAGAAAGUGGAGAAAGUCACGAAGAAUUAUGUUAUCCAGGAGAUAGACCAGUCUGAGGAUGCUGCUAGGCCUACCUGGCGGGAGACCAUGGAAGCCAUGUUCGGUGAUCAUGUUGACUGGGAUGACGUGAAAGUAUUCGUCGGGAAGGGGCGACCACUGAGCCGACCUGUAAUGAAGUGUCCAAUCACAGGGCUAUCUGCACCGUAUCUCGACCCAAGGACAGGCGUUCCGUAUGCUGAUGCACGGGCUUACCAGAUCCUGAGUGGUGUCUUGAACCACGAAUACAUAUGGAAUCCUUCUUUGGGUUGCUACGUAAGUAAAAUGUCAGAAACUGAAGAUACAGCGAUGGGGCAAUGAUUCGCGUCAGCGAGCAAUAGAC